AGACGGAAACUUAACACCCACUGCUGACAAGCCCAGUCAGAUUUUACUGUCGCUGCUUGGAAUCUGUCGGUUAUUGGAGCAAAGCAGCUUUCAGACGCCAUCAUUAUGCUUAUGACUACUGGCUUCGACUUCCACGAAUACAUUUUGGUUUUUGUGCGCAACCUUGGCUGAAGCGCCUUCGCGCUGCAGUAGGAUCAGAGAUGGAAGGAAACCGCAGGGGCGCAACUGGAUCCGACAAGGAUUUCACUUUUGUCAGCUCAGUUGUGAAAUACCUGCUGUUCUUUUUUAAUUUCAUAUUCUGGGUAAUCUCCUUGGUAAUGGUGGCAGUCGGCGUUUACGCCCGUACGGUAAAGCAUGCAGAGGCAACCCUGGCAUCUCUGUCUGUGGAUCCCGCCGUUAUGCUGAUGGUGGUGGGAGUCCUGAUGUUCCUAAUCACCUUCUGUGGCUGCGUGGGCUCGCUGCGAGAAAACAUCUGCCUCCUGCAAACAUUUUGUAUCUCCCUGGUGGUGAUUUUCAUAAUCCAGCUGGCUGCUGGUGUUCUGGGCUUCAUCUUUUCAAAUAAGGCAAGACAAAAAGUAACAGAAGUGAUCAAUGAUGCAGUCGUUCACUACAGAGAUGACGUUGAUCUGCAAAACCUUAUAGACUUCGGCCAAGAAGAGUUUGGAUGCUGUGGUGCUGCGACAUACCUCGACUGGUCCAAUAACAUCUACUUUGAUUGUAACCAAUCCAACCCCAGCAGAGAGCGCUGCUCCGUCCCCUUCUCCUGUUGCAUCCGCUCUAGAAACGAGAGUGUAGUCAACACCAUGUGUGGCCAAGGCAUGCAAGAACGUGAAUUCGGUGAAGCUGGCAAAAAAAUUCACACCAAUGGCUGCAUAGACGUGCUGGUUGACUUUAUCCACAGCAACAUGUUCAUACUGGGCGGCAUUGCACUGGGACUGGCAAUACCAGAGCUGGUGGGCAUGUUUUUGUCUCAGCUUCUGAUCAAUCAGAUCAAAGACCAGAUUGAACUGCAACAGUACAACCUCAAGCACAGCUCUGACCCAUGGAGCUGAUCCUGGAUCAGAUUUUUUGCAAUAUUUAGCAACGCAUAGGGACUCUAGGGACCGAGUGACACUUUGCUGCCACCUUCUGGUUAGUCGAGGGGCUUGCGUUCAUCACACUGCACUGAUCGAACUUAUUUUUUUACUCUUCAUUUGUUUUCAGGGGGAAAUAGAAAGGUAUUCAUUUUAUUAUAUAUUGUAAAUACCUGAAAAUUGUUUGUGAUUUCAGCAUUUAAGCGUAUUUGAUUUGUUAAUACUUAGAAAUCAUAUUUAGUUGAAUUCUUUAAUGCAUCUGAGAUGUUGUGGUUUCCAUUCUGGGUUUUUUUCUUUUAGUUACAACAUAUAGCAUUUUUGUUAUCUGUCAUAAUUAAUAUAAAUGUUUCACCUCUACACUUUGGGGAUGUUUUGUUCCUACUCUGAAGGGAAUGUUGUUCUAUGACUCUAAUGAAUAAUACCUACAAAAAAAAUAAAGCAUGUACAUGUAAUUUCAAACAUGACCAAAGCACAUUCACAUUAGCAAAUCAUUUUUACAUAUUACAUUUCCUUUCACCAUGUUCCAAAAGGAGUAGGGGAAAAUAAAAACCCUGAUACAGAUUCAAACACCACUGAACUGCUCCUCUUUGUAAUUUUAUCAUUUUUAGUUUUAUUUAGAAAACACAUAAAGCGGAAAUAAAUGUUCAUAUGUAUUUCAACAGGGAUAGUUGUAUAUUCCCAUUCGUUUCUUAUUAUUUCCAAACAUCAUAUGAUUUAUUUUCUUCACAUUUGAAGGGACUGGAUUAUUUAUAUCAAACCAUUAUAUAAAUUUGUUCUUUUUCUUUUUGUGACCACAUCCAAAAGCUCAUUAAAUUCCAACCCGAUGUUAAAAUGUUAAAUUUUCUUCUUUUUCAGCUUUGGUUGAUUUUUUUUUUUUCUGUUCAGUUUGUUGUUUAUUGCACUAUUCUAGCUCACCUCUGAUGUUUAUAUUGUUGUGGUCACUUUUUAUUGUCAGCCAACUGACAUGUGUGCAUUGCUACAGGCUAACAAGGCUAUGCUUGUUUUACACACUGCAGUGCCACAUAGAUGCUUAUUAAAACACACUUCCCUAAUAAUUCUUGGCAUGUUGUCGCAUCGUUAAACCCACCGGUGCUUUUACCUCUUUGACAAUUUUUCUUUGACGGCUAAGACUAGUGUUUACGUGAGUAGAUCUUUAGUCUGACCGUUAACUGCAAACAGUCUCCUCAUUUUUAACAACUUUCCAAUGGCUGAACAUAAAACAGAAAGCACUACAGCCUCCCGUCUCCAUUUCAGCCUCAUCUUCCAGUUAAAGGAAACACACUCUUAAGCUGAAACAUGAUGCUUGUAAUCUUUAGGAGCAGAGGCGGUCCUGUAUGUACAACCAGCCUUGACGCACUUCCCCAAUCUAAACAUUACAUUUAUCCGUGUGUUAACAGUUGCAGUGCUACCCUUACUACUCAGCGGCCCGACCGCACAAACAAAUGUUGUGAUUUAGUGGGGAAACUGAUGAAAACGUGACGUCUUUGUGGCUGUCUCUUAUUGUGGCGAAUGUGAUUUGACCUGUGUGCGCUGCACCGCUAUGUGUGUGGUCCUGUUUUUCUUUGUUUUGUUUUGUUUUGUUUUUUGGUUGUUGUUUUUUGCAGCCUCUUACUCACACAUGCAUGCUUUGGAGGACUUUUAAGGAGGCUGAAACACACACAUUCUCUCGUUUAAUACGUAGUUUGCAGCUAACUCAACCAUGUUUUAACCAGAAGAGAAGAAACAACUUAAAGUCCUGUAAAUAUGCACACAUGCUCUUUCGGUAACAAUUGAUGAAAAUAGGUGAGCAUUAAAGUCUUCUGUAGUCACCUUAAGCACGAGAAUGACAGUUCAGUUGAUUUUCAGCCUCCCAAAAGAACAUUUUACAAAUUUUGAGCUAUGGACUUGGUCAGAUCAAACACACAUUUAUCAUAAUAUUUGAGUGUGUUGCCAAUGAUCUCCAGCGUAAGAAAACUUUAUUGUUCUCUCUGAUAAGCAUGUCAUGAUGUCCUCAAAUAUUCAGAUCUCUGUCUUUUUUUUCAAACACGAAUCUCAGUGGAAAUCAUCUGCAAGAAGAAAAAGUUUUCUGAAUCCAUCCUGAAAGUCUGAUGGAAAAAAAAGAAAGAAAGUUUCCCAAAACCAAGGAUAUUUGAAGAUGCAUAUCUUGAAAAAUAUUGCAAGGAUACACUAAUAAAGCAAACUGUAAGUGUGAUUUUA